AUGAUUGUUGAAGCUAGAACCAGAUUUGAAGUUGGAAAGGUAGGAACCUCUAGUGCACCUACUGGCAGACAAACAAGGAGUGCAGUUGUUAAGGAGAAGCCCCCUCCUCCAAAGAUACAAAUCAGAAGAAAAGCUAAGGAGAUUGCAUCGAAAGCACCUAAGGCUACUGGUAAGAGGAAGAAAGAACAAGCACACAGAGCUAUUGCAGAGGAAGAGACAAAGGAAACAAAAUAUGAAGGAGGAAACAAAGAAUUAAGAGAAAGUGGUAAGAAGUCAAAAGUGGUUGGAGCACCUACUGUUAAAACAGUUAAACCACAGAUUGAAUCAUUUGAGGAAGAGGAUAUUCCCGAAGCACUGAUAAUUGAAGGAGAGUUACCAGAUGUAUUUGAGAUUGGUGAGAUUUUUACUCAGAUAGAGAAAGAAUCAGAAGGUACUACUACAUCUAUCCCUACUGUUACAGUAGAAGAACCAAUGAUACCAAAAGAUAUUCCAACUAGUAAAGGUGAAGAGAAGAAAGAUACAGAAGUGAAUGCACAAAUGGAUGAUGUGCAACUCAUUGAGCCACUGAAGAAUGAAGAAGAUAAGAAGAAAGAAGAAGCACAAGAGCAUAAAGUGACCUAUAGAUCACUUACUUCUAAGAAGAUUGUUGAUGAUGAUGAAGAUGAUGAUACAAUUUCUAUCCAAGGACCGAUAAACAUGGAUAUGUUGAAUCCCACAGAAUUGAUGGAGAUUGCAUCUACAAUGCAAUUCAAGGCCAAGAAGAAGAUGAUUAGAGCUAAAACGACAGAAGCACAAACCAUACAAACUAUUGUUGAGAUAUUUUCUAUUCUAUUACUGGAGACUGGGACUGAUAGUCUCUCAACCCUAUUGAGAAAUUGGACCACUUGGUCACAUCUGCAAGGGAGAAAAUGA